GCGAUACUGACUGUACAGUCAGUGUACACAGCUAACAGGUUGUACUUGUAUUGUCUUUACAACUUUAGGCCAGUUUGUGUAGAUGACCUGCUUUUCUACCUUGUAUUUCAAGAAGGACUAACUAACUUACCAGUUAGACGAUCUGUUCGUAGCGGACAACAUUUUCGAUGCCAUUGAAUGUAGAAAUAAGUAAUCUGCUGCUCGUGUGAAUCUGUACAAGAGUAGUGGUGGCGCAGAGCUUUAGUUGACCAAAUUAAUUUGCAAAUUAGGUAGUUGACUCUCCUCAUCAUACUGUGAUUGUCCUACUGGUGUUUAUAUUAUCUUGCCACUGGCUCUAGUGAAGAGCAUGGAUUUGUUGCUGCCCCGUACCUGGAUAUGCCGCGUGUUGUUAUGUCUCACCAUUUUCAGCUUUGCCGGGUCGUCUACACCCGUACUACAAGGCGGAUCACCCGCUCUCCACGACUCUGAUGAUGCACGGCCUGGAGUUCAGGACCCACCACCGCAGCCCCCGUUGAUUGGCAGCAAGCAAAGCACCAGCGGGGCUACUGACAACGACGGGCCGGAGCCUACUAAUGUAGAAAGAGAUGCAAGACCAGUUCACAUGAAUAUGGCAAGUGAGAAUGACCAUCGCGACACCGUGUCAGUGGAAAACCUCUCUCAAGUUGGGCAGGGCGUUGUUGCAGAGGAUGGCCUUGGGAAUAAGUUUAACCAAGGACCAGAGGAGCUAACUUCUGAUGAGGAGGAUUCUCCUCGUGUUGAGAAGACGACUUCUUCAGAGAGACCUAGCAGUGGAGAAAACAAGACAGCUGUGCGACAGGCCAUUUCUCACACAACCACAAGAUUGGGAGGAAAACCUACUGUAGCACCAGCGGCAACAACGGCAGCGGGAGCAGUGGCAGCACCCACGGCUGCGAAAGAGUUGCACCUCCUGGCAGCUGGACUGAAGCAGGGUAAACUCUCGCCGUCUCCAGCAGCUAUCGUACCUAGCCCUAAUCCUGCUUCUGCUGUUGUGAAUGGAAAGCGUGCGGGCAAUAGUGCUCCCCACGAAGAGAAAUCUUCUUCUUCCUCGGUUACUGAUAAUGUCAGUUCAGCGCCUGUACCUAGGAUGAACGGUAGCCAGUACACACCACCUCUUAGCGAAAAUGCCCCUGGCCAACGCCCAAGUCAACCGGAAACUCGCCGUCUCAACUCCGAAGAACAGCCUGACGAAUAUUCCCGGAAGCCCUUCAACCGUCGUCCUGCUACUUCCGGAGGUUCUCGUCUUGCACCUGGCUAUGGUGGCGGCAGCCAAGGGCAAGGUUUCCAGAACAGUCGUGACGGGGCUGGUUACAACUUGCCCCAGCGUCCUUACCAACAAGAACGUCGCGGACAGCCCCAGGGUGCUGCUUAUGGACGAAAUGACGCUCAGUCAUUCCGUGACGGCCGUCCUAGCUAUUCAAACCGUGACUACGGGAAACGGCGCGGAAACUUGGGGAAUGGAAGUUAUCGUACUACUCAGCAGCUUAGAGGCAACGUGGAUCCCGCUUAUGACGCUGAAAGAUAUGUCUAUACUCCGGAUCAAGGCAGCAGAGCUCGCCAGCCAGGCUUUCCGAGAGAUGGUACCCGUAGAUAUCCUGCUGGCCAGAACAAUCCUCUGAAGACUGGAGAUACUAGUAGAUAUCCCGUUGACCAGGCGAAUCUUCGCCCGAGGACUGGAGAUAGCCAAAGAAAUCCCUUAGGCCAGAACUAUCCUCCUCAAUGGACUGGAGAUAGCCAAAGAAAUCCCAUUGGCCAGAACUAUCCUCCUCAAAGGACUGGAGAUAGCCAAAGAUAUCCCAUUGGCCAGAACUAUCCUCCUCAAAGGACUGGAGAUAGCCAAAGAUAUCCCAUUGGCCAGAACUAUCCUCCUCAAAGGAUUGGAGAUAGCCAAAGAUAUCCCAUUGGCCAGAACUAUCCAGAUACUAGUAGUAGAAAUCCAGUUGUCGCAGACGACCAACGUCGUCCUUUCAACCCACCUGCUAAUGUCGGACCGAAGAAUGGCCAACAGGACUCUUUGGAUCAUUCAGAGGACAGAGGGCCUGUUCCUUCUUUACUGAACACACAGGUGAAGACAGAUCGCACUCUCGCUGGUAACUCACACGAACAGCAGCAGCUGCAGCAAGACCAGCAGAAUCCAAGCACAGUCCAAUCUUUGUCAACUACACCUGUACAGCAGAAACUGAGCAGCAACACAAAUGUCACCAGGAAUGCCGGCGGCCAACCCAGUGACAACUUGCCACGGCCAUCAACACCACCACCGUCACCUGCGCUGUUGAAGACAGUAGCAGCAGCAACAACAGCCCAACCAGCGGAAACCAGCUCGCCACGACCAAGCACUGCGCCGGCCACGACAAUGCAGCAAAGUCCAGUGUUGACAUCAGCUAACAAAGAUCUUCCUCUGGAUUUGAGUACCACUGCAGAGAUACCAGCGACGACACAGCAGAGGCCUGGUGACAGUGAUAGCAGUUCUGUGUUGCAGCUACCAAAGGUUGAUGCCGUAUUACCAAAAUCGUCCCAGGACAAGCCAUUCGUGGAAAGGCCACCAGCGAACGUGCCACCCAUGGUCCCCCACAGUGCUGACGUUGGCGACAAGAAACCUUCUGUUGUUUUUGGAAAGACUAGACCAGGAGGAGAAGAACCUGCGAAAUCAACGGGGUAUUCAACCCACUUUGUCAUGUUCUUCCUGGCCGUCUGCGUUAUUUCUGUCCUGGUGUACGCAGCAAGAAACAACAAGAACAAGGUGUUGGCUUUUGUAAUGGACGGUUCACGCCGCAGUCGCCGCGGUGCUGGCGGUCGCUAUGAGCGUGUGCCGAAGGGAGACGCAGAGUCGGCGCCAUCCCUCGACAGUGCCAAGAGUGCAUCGUACGUGUAUUAAUGCAGCUGCUGCUGGCACUGCUUCUACUACAUGUACGUGCAGUGCAGUUGUCCCGUGACUUUCUGACGCUGCUAUGCUGUUUGAAACAGCAUUGCUGCAAAACCAUGAUGACCUCGAGAAGGGCAGCAACUGUAGGCGUGGUGGCAACAUUAUUUUAUUGGCUGGACCAACAUCACCAUCGGCGCUUUCAAGUUGUGCCAUGCUGCGGACACCUGCUGCAGAACAAUAUCAUGAGAGAGAGAGAGAGGGAGAGACCAUGUGCGUGUGUGUGUGUGUGUGUACUCGUGCACACUGGCAUGCAUGCAUAAGGGUGGUGCGUGAGUAACUUUAUAGAGUACAUGUAGAUGUAGUUAGAUAGGCACUGGAUUGUUGCUAUGCUGGUUUGCUUUAGUAGCAAUAACAUCUCCUUGCGUACAAUGCAACACACACACACACACUUUAGAUUUGCCCAUGCUUUGCCCCUCGUUGAGUUUUCUGUCACCGCCGCUGUUUUUAUGCUGCCGCUGGCAUGGCUUACUUAUUUCAGAUGCCGCCGAUACAUAGCUCUUGUGCUCUGCACUGCAGUACGCACACACACAUACACAUGCAUGGUUGCUGUGUGCGUACUGCGUCAGGCGAGACAUUCCUGCGAAUGACCUCUAUCACCCCCCCCCCCCCCCCCCCCUGCUACUUGAACUCUUGUGCGUGCUUGCAUGCGUGUGUAAUAGUGACGUAAGAAUUGGCCGUGGAGAGGUAUUGCUGCUUUUGCUGUUGUCCUGCAGUGGCACGAGGGUCCUUGCUAUGCUGCUUUUGUUGAGUGUGCACAUCUACAUGUGUGUGUGUGUGUGCGUGCAUGCGUGUGUGUGUGUGUGUUAGCAGAAUAGGUCAUGUUUCACUUUAUCUAAAGGACGGCUUUGCCAGCACGGCAGCAGUAUGGUAUCAUCAUGGAUUUAUCCUAGGCACUCGCAGUACUCCCAGUCUUCAUGACAGACCUGUGACACCCGGGCCGGAGUUAUGUUUGACUGCGUCCGUAUCGCACAGUACAACUUCAGAAUUAAACAUCGCGAAUAUUCUUUUCUUUUAAAAACUG